CCCCGCCGCGCCCCCCGCCCCCGUCCCCGCUCCCCGCGCGCCCCGCACCCCCCCCACGCCGCCUUGGCCGCCUCCUUGACUCCCCACCCAUGCCCAGCGACGGCCCGGAGCAGUGCGAACUGGUGCAGAGACCGCGAUACCGGAGAGGCCCGCACAUCUGCUUCGACUACAACGCGACAGAAGAUACCUCAGACUGCGGCCGCGGAGCCUCCUUCCCGCCGUCGCUGGGCGUCCUGGUCUCCCUGCAGCUGCUGCUCCUCCUGGGCCUGCCUCCCGGGCCGCAGGCUCAUCAAGUCCAUGCCCACACCUCGCGCCGCCUAUGAGCAGCCCUCCUGGCUCCCCCCAGGCCUCCCGCAUUCCCCGCUCCCCCUUAGAUCCUCACCCCCUAUCUCACUGAAGGACUGAACGCACCAGGCCCCCAGAGGCUUAGCCUUGGAGGGGGUGCGGGGUGCCCACAGGAGGGCGCUGCAGGUCUUUGGCGCCCAGGCACAUCUGCUGCUGAACUGUCCGUGUCUCCAGACCCCCAUUCCCGCUGGACUUACCCACCCCUGGGACAGGGAAGCCACAGUACUGGUGCCAAACCAGGCCCCACUGCCCACCCUGCCCCACGGAACUGCUCCAGCCUGGCCCUGCUACCCGACUUGGGACCAAAUGUGGGUUCCCUGGGGACAGCGGAGCCCCGUGUGUCCCAGCUUCAGUCCUGGCAGGAGAGGUCCUGGGCCAGCACCCCCUGGGUCCUGCUCCUCUCGGGCCUCCAUCCCCUUCCCCCUCCACCCAAGCCCGGCAGGUGUCAAGCAGUGACAUAAAACUGGCUCAGACACACCCACACACACCUGGAGCCUGAGGGCAGGAACUGAACUCAGAGUAGACACAUCCCGGAGGACACACACACACAGACACGCACACGGGGUGGGGGGGGCGGCUCACGAAGCCUUACAGAGGGGCAGGGUUGGCGGGAGGGCUGGCGUGCGCACACUCCUGCUCCUGCUCACUGCCCGCCUCUGACCUGACCUGCAGCCCAGCUGGUCCUCCAUCUAAAGCUGAAUGUCAAACAGUGCCAAAUGCUGGGGCGGGGGGCAAAGGCCCCUCUGUCCCCCCCUAGCCGCCAGUGUCCCCUAAAUGACCUCACCCCCCCUCCCAGGUGCUCAUUGUAACCAUUUAUCACUAGUGUCAGGCCCCUGUGGGACCACAUGCCACUGCCCGCACCCCCGGCAGAGGAACCCUCACCAGACAGCGCCCUUUGCCUUAGCAGGGUGACGUGAUUGCUCCUGGCUGGGCCACCCCCCCCCAAUCUGGCCCUUACACACUCAGGCCUGCGCCCACCUCCUCUCUCCUUCCCAUUCACACACACUCCCUACCCCCAGGAGGCCGAACUGCUCCUCCCUGCUGAACACACACUUGCACACGCAUACACACAUAGACACACACUCUGUGCACACAAAGAGGCUGGGCCUGGGCACACUUCUUCACACCAUUCAUUCUGGUCAUUUCCUCCAGAGGCAUCCCAGCCUGGGGGCUGGGGGGGGACUGAGGGCAGGGAUGUGGCCAUGGGGCUCAGAUGGACUGGGAGGAGGGGGGAGGGGGAUGCAUUAAUUAAUGGCUCCGUUAAUUAAUGUCAUGUUGCUUGUCGCUUUCUCGGUGUGUGUGUCUGGUCCAUGCCCGCUGCUGGUGCCAGGGUGGGUGUCCGUGCUGGACACGCAGCCUCGAUGCCAGCCGUGUCUUGCGGGGGCGUGUGUGUAACUGUAGUGUAGUCAGGUGCUCAAUGGGGAACAUAAAAAUAAAAAAGAAUCAAACAUAUACAGAAAAAUAAAUAUAUAUUUUAAGUUUAAAAAAUGGAAAAACAGACAAAACAAUUCCCAUCAGGUAGUUGUCCAACCCCCAGCUGGGUCUGAUCCUUCUCAUUGUCCACCUGACCUGGCUGCCCCCUCACCUCGGGCUCGGGGGAUCUGGGGGGGACUGGGGGGCCAUCUCCUCUUCUCUGCCCUUUUUUUUGGUUGUUCUAUUUUGUACAGACAAGUCAGAAAAACAACAGCGACAAAAAAGUCAAGAAACUUUGUAAAAUAUUGUGUGUGUGAUUCCUUGUAAAAUAUUUUCAAAUGGUUUAUUACAGAAGAUCAGUUAUUAAAUAAUGUUCAUAUUUUCACUUCAAA